AUGCAAGGGAGACGAGGCGCACGAGGCAGCGCGCAGCGGAAAGUUCGUCGGGUGGCGCAACUUUACGGCGGAACCUCGUCCGUCUCGAGGCGUCAUGUUGCUGUUGACAGCAAGAACCAGGUCGCCCCAGAAGAGGGCUCGGAGGCGGGUCCGAAUGACAGCGCAGGCCCGAACCCUCAGGCGGAAGCGGCCGCACACUUCAGACGUGCGCAUGUCCACUUCCUUCGGGAGCUCUCCGAGCGAAACAAGCGCCUCAAGCAAGACGCCCAUGCCAAGGCCCAGAAGAUGGCCAGCAAGUCGAGCCGCAUCCGCAACAAGGUGCUGGCACACUGCCGGGAGGUGCUGUCGUUCAAGGAGCCGGAAGCUGGCGCGCUUCCGGCGAUAGCGGGGCGCGUGUCGUCCGACCGCGCCCGGGGCCCUGACGCGGAUCACUCUCAGCCAGCGGGGGCGGUGGAGCUACCAAACCUGUCCAAGCCCUCGGAGACUGUGGGCGAGGACGAAGCGGCCACCACCAAACUCGCCCCGGUGGCCGGCCAGCCCGUCAAGAGCGCGUCCAUGGUCGCCUCGCGCGGGAAGGCCGAGGCGACCAAGGAGGGCGCGCUGAUGCGCAGGUCCACGGGGACUUGGACGCACAGCUGUGGCGGCAAGGUUCACACCGUCACCCACUCAAUAGGACUGCCCAACUCCGGGCUUGGCAGGCUGUCCGUCUACGCAGCCAGUCCGCGCAGUAAGAGGGUCGACGAGGGCUGUUUCCGUGCGGCAUUCAACUCGUGGCUGAAGAGCAAGCGCCUGCCUCAAAACUCCAUGGUGUUCUCCAUGGGCGGUUCGAACCACUCCAACGGCAUCAAAACGGCUCUGCUUGAGCGCGGCUGGGUCGAGAACACGGACCCCUGCAGCGCUUUCUACCACUUGUGCUGGUCCAUGAAGAGCUCCGCGAUCAACUACGACCACCUACAGCCGUUCCAGAUUGUCAAUCACUUCAAGGACGCUGGGACGAUCACCACCAAGGCCGGACUGAUCCACACCCUCCGAGACUCGUCUUGGUAUGCGUCAAAGCCAUCGUCAUCAUAUUUUCCGAGGGCGUACGACCUCUCCGACGAGUCGGACGCCGCAGCAUUCACGGUUGAUUUCCGCCUGACAGCGGCGGAGGGUUUGUUGAAAAGAGCCUGCGAGGAAGGGGUCGACGUCGUGGGCUGGGAGGCACUAGAGCUUUGCAAGGCAGUGGCGCAAGCCCGAAUCGACGAGCACAAGCACAUGAGGGAGGUGGAUUUCGAGGACAACCCCCCUGGGAUACCGGAUUUCACCCAAGCAGAGUGGGAGAUCAUCACGCGCCACCCUGCGCUGGCGGCGCCGCCGGGCAUGGCACCCAGGGUGAUCCCGCCGUGCACCUCUCUGCCCGGACCGGCUGGCAGGCUGCGGCUGGCGAAGGAUGUCGGCGAGCAGCUUUACAACAGGAUGCAGCGCACGAUGUCCGCCGCCCUCCAUCGCAUGGAGGAGGACCGGAACGCCGCUGCAGAGGCACUGCCGCCCGGGGACACCGCGAGGGUUCUGUCGGAGUACUGCAUGGAGACUGUGGCGACGGGCUGCUUCGGGAUGCUCGCGGAGCUCAAACGCAUCUUCCGCCAGACGGGCAUCAACGGCACGAACAACGUCUGGAUCGUCAAGCCCGCGGGCAAGAGCCGCGGUCGCGGCAUCAGGCUGUUCAACCGGAUGGAGGACCUGCUGGGGUACACCAAGGCGGAUCCCAAGGAGCAGAAAUGGGUCGCGCAGAAGUACAUCGAACGCCCGCUCACCGCACACCGACGGAAGUUCGACGUCCGGCAGUGGGUCCUCGUGCUGGACUGGAGCCCGAUGACCGUGUAUUUCUAUAACGCUUGCUAUGUGCGAUUUGCUGCGGCGGACUUCAGCCUGUCGAACCUGGACGUCUUCGCACACCUGUCGAACAACUGCAUCGUCAAAACGCACGCCAGCUACGGCGCGGGGGGGAGCAGCUCCGGGCGCGCCUGGCCCGCGAUACCUGCUCACGGGAUGUGGAGUGUUGCCACCAUGCAGCAGUUCCUGGCGGCGAACUUCCGGGAGGGCGACGUGUGGGACACGAAGGUGGUGCCGGCGAUGCGCGAAGCCGUGGUAGCCUCGCUGCGGUGCGCACAGCCGAACGUCCUUCCUCGGAAAGGGUCCUGCCAGCUGUUUGGCUACGACUUCAUGCUCGACGCAGACUGCAAUGUCUGGCUGAUCGAAAUCAACUCAAGUCCAACAAUGGAGGCGUCCACCCCCAUCACGGAGCUGCUCUGCCACAACGUCCAGCGGGACACUCUGAAAGUCGUCCUGCAAACGCCACGACCGACCCAGCCACAGACCAGCUCUGCGAAAUCCCCCUGCAAGAAAGCGUCCCGCAAGGCCGCCAAACAAGCUGCUGCCGUCACAACAGAUGCGCGAACUGGACCAGAUGUUUCGGACGGCUCGAGGUCGACACAGGACGCCGCAGAUCUGGUGCAUGAUGAUGUAGACGCGGCUACGGAUUCGGAGGGCGGUGCCUCGUCACGUGUUUCCGGCAGGUGCUCGUUGAGCGAGGACGAGGAUCAGGAAGAUCAUCGCGAGCGGCCGGGACCAGACGACACGUGCAGCCCGGAACACGACACAGGAGGCUGGGAGCUGCUGUACUCCGAGCCCGCGAUGCCCGCCGUCAGGUACGUCGGGCUGCAUAUAUCCGUCCUGGGCCGUCGGUUGAAGCACCCCAGGGGCGAGGCGAGCAAGCGGACCGCAAGUAUCGUGCUGUAA